AAGAGGGCAAGAGAAGUGCAAGCAAAGCCCAUCAGGCGUUAGUCAGGCUCGAAUCCUCAUCGGUGCUGUCUGUCACCCUUUCCUCGCUGUAUCGUUUCUCAUCACCAUCACCAAACCAAGACCAGACCAGACCAGACCAGACACACGCAACACUGUUCCUUCACUCCCCUGGUCACCCCUCUCUCUCUCUCUCUCUCUCUCUCUCUCUUUCUGUGUUCCAGAGAGACCACAUAAAAAGUCGAUAGCCUUCAGGGACCGACCCUCGCCUUCUUGCAUCCUCUACCACAAAACGCAUCGAGGGCCUCCCCCCCCCUUUCUCUUGCUCGCGUAGCUCUUUGACCUCCUUCGCACCCGUCGAUUCAAUGGAAGAUCGCAAGGAGAAGAACACUCCAUGGCUAUCAGUCCCGCAAUUUGGGGACUGGGACCAGAAGGGGCAGGUUCCUGAUUACUCGCUAGACUUCUCAAAAAUAAGGGAAACGAGGAAGCAGAACAAGAGGGACGUCUCAAGAGCCAGUAUCGGGAACGAAGAGGAGCUCGCUUCUGCGAAAACCGUUGCCCCGACUGCCACCCCUGGCGACGACCACCACUACCACGAAAGUGACCACUCUCCCCCGACGAGGAGGAGCAUUCUCAGCUGCUUCAACUGUUGUGUAAAGGCUUGAGAUCGGUGCUUCUUGAGAAGAGCUUCUUCUGCGUCAAUGAUGUCGUGGGAUGUGUUGGUCCCCCCCUGCACAUGUGCAUCGUGAUUGUUUUUCGGACAGAGAUGGUCUAUGUACUUUUGAAAUUUGAUAGUGAUUGUUGUUUUCGCGUA